GUUUCGCAAUCAUAGGCCUUAUCUGCACUCGGAAACGGGACUGAUCACCCCGUUUAGAAUUAAUCAGUUGCGGUGCGCGCCCGUAAUUGUCCGACACCGUAAGGUAAUGAUUAGCGAAAAUGGUCAGAUAUUGCCGCUCUCCACUUACCGGCGAAUCUAAAAAUCCGUAGAUUGACCCAGUAGCCAAGCUUGACCUAGAUGGCGCUAUUAUCAGCCGUGAUGUACGUAACAGUAGUUAACGAGCAAGGACCACGUUGUGAAGAAAAGUUGAAGUUCGAGGAUCAUCGUUUGCCACCCUCAGGUCUUCUCGUCGUCUUGUAAUUAUUUCGAGGAUUUUCUUGGACUCUGAGGGUUCUGGUCGACGACACAAGUUUGGCUGUGACGUGUUCCCUUGCAUCCCGGUCGGCCGGCAUCGUCUCCACACCUGGAUGACCUGGACACGCCAUUAUCGCCCAGGACGGACCUUAUCAGACUUCAACCGAUAAGUCUAACUCUUAAUUACAACUUUCGACCGUAUCGGUGACCACUAUACAUUUGUGUGGGACACAGAAACAGACUCAGUAUUUGCCACUUUAAGAGUGAAGUUAUAUGAACUAAGCUGAAUAGUAUAUUGGCUGUUUCCAUAGUCUAUAAUAUUGUCGUUUUAAACAUGUAUUAAUAAUUGUUCUAUUUAUUCUCUGUUAAGAUAUAUGUGUCCUAUUUAUUAUUUUCGGUGGCCACCGCUAAUUAUCUCUGUAUUGGCUAGAUUUAUUUUGCUCGAGCAAACUAGUACAUCCUAUCAUUUAACAUAGUUAGAGCCUAUUUGUUUGAAAAGUAUAUUUAUUUAUAGCUUCAUUAUUAGGGUAUAGCUCUGUUUUGCUUGAGCGAACUGUUCUCAUUAAUUUAGCAAGGUUUACUUUUAUUUUGCAGGAACAAUAGAUAUAUAUUGUGAAUGUUUAUUAGGGCAUGAACCCCUGAUGCAUGUGAUUUCUUUUGUGUGUAUUUAUUGAGUGGCUUUUACUUUCUAUUGCCUUGGCAUUAAAUUAAGCUCAAAUUAUCGAAACAGGUGCCUCAUUGAUUAAUCCUCUCUGCUCGUUCAGUUACCAGAAUUGUGUUGACUUGCACCACAGAUUGUAGAUAUUAACAUUCGAUCAUUUUAAUCCAAGCAACCGAUAUUAUUAAUAAUCUGUCAAUGUUAAUGAAGAGCUGAGACUAGUUGUGUACUGGGUAGUUUAACUUUAGUAUUGAUUAUAAGUUAUACAGUAAGUAGGGUCCAUGGGGUCGACCUAGACCUGAUCUUAGUAAUACUGUGUAAAAGCCGGCCUUACCCUCCCGACCCAACAGCGGAGCGAGAAUAAUAUUCCUUUAUUUCUCUAACUCUAAGGACAUUUCAUCUUCUUCCGGCGUCAGGGAUAGUUUCCUCAUUCUCCCCCUGUGUGUGUAUCUUGCAAAUGAGGUGGCGCCCUAAAGACCAUUCCAGUAUAAGUGCUAGACCCUCUAGGACCACCGACCCCGACCCAUCUCUGAGCUAGCCACCAUAUUGUUUCCUGGGCGAGGUAACAAAAUGGCGCCCAUCAACGUGGGGCCUAGCUUUUAAUUUAUUUUAUAUUUAAUUUGUGCUGUAAUUUUGUAAACUGUAAAUAUUGAUGUGUUUGGGACAAGGUUUCUUGUUGAAGUUAGUAUUUUGAACUGUACUGUAUUUGUGUAUGAAUUUUUCUGUUAAUGUUUGGAACUUGGUGUCUGCACUCAACAUGACGGCCUAUCACUUAAGAAAGGAUGAAGUAGAGUAUGAGCUCCAGAUUAGGGGAGUUGAUCAUAAGGGCAGUGCUGGAGAAUUGAGGAAGCGGCUUGCUCAGUGCUUUUCAACAAAUAUAGGUGUUGAUAAAAGUAUUAUUAACCAAUUAGAUACAGAGGAGGAACUUGAGAAGUGCGAAGAAAAGUAUGGAGAUCUAGGUUCUUUGGUGGACGAGUAUGAUGGUAAUGGCAAGGAUCGAGAAUUCCAGAGACUUCAUGAUAGGCUAUAUCAUUUAUACAUUAGGAUUGAGAGAAUACCGAUUGCAGCGUCUGCCAAUGAUGGCAUGGAGCGGCGUAAAACCGAUUUGUUGACCAAGUCUAAGAACCUUUUGCAGUCACUCCAGGGAUAUAAGAAGACAUCGGAGGAAGAGCAGAGUACAAAGAUAGGGCCGAAUGUGGACUGGAGUAACGGAGAGCUGCCGAAGAAAAUCGUGUCGGAGAAUCCCUAUACCUUUUGCGAGGCUGAUGUUGUUUCUUCAAAACCUUGUAUCAGCGUAGCUCAGAUGCCUACAACAGCUUCUGUGUCGGCGGGUCACACUCAGAAUGUUGAAUCUUCCUUAGUCAACAGGAGGUAUUUUGGGACAAAAGCAAUUCCUGUAUAUAAAUGGGGUCUGAAAUUUGACAUUGAGUCUGGACAAAGUGUGGGAGCAUUCUUGGAGAGAGUUGAGGAGUUAAGGGGCGCAAGAGGUCUCACUCACCAGGAACUGUUUGACUCUGCCGUUGAUUUGUUCACGGGGACUGCAUUGAUCUGGUAUCGAUCGGCUGUUGGACGCGUUUCUUCGUGGGAACAGCUUUGUAAGGAACUGAAGUUGGUAUUCCAAAGUCCAGACUACGAUGACAUGCUGGGACAAGAAAUAAGAAAUCGUGUCCAGGGACCCGAGGAGUCUAUAGAUUUGUUCUUGGCCGCUGUUGAAGGAUUGUAUGGGAGGCUAUCAGUUAAAGUAUCUGAAAGUGAACGGUUGCAGCAAGUGUUGAAGAACCUAAACCCUUACUUACAGGAGAAGCUCUGCAUGUUCGAUAUUAAGGAUAUGGAAAGUCUGAGAGAACUAGGCAGGAAGGCUGAGUUAGGUCGUUUAAGAUCAUUGACGCAUCACCCUCCUCAGCGUUAUCCACGAGUUCUAGAACCUGAUUUGGCUUGGGGAACACCACCUAAUAGGCGGAAGACAUCUCACCUCGCGACCAUUACCUCAAAUACUUCGAGACCAUCUGAUUCAUCAUUGAGGUGUUGGAAUUGCUCUAGCCUAGGGCAUCGGUUCUCGCAAUGUACUAGGGCACGCAAAGUAUUUUGUUAUGGCUGUGGAACUCCUGGCUUGAAAAAAGCUAAUUGUUCAACUUGCCAGUCAAAAAACUCAAAGAUCAGGGAGUGCACCAAGUAA